UCUUCUUCUUCUUCUCUUCUUCUUCCAAUCUGUGGAUGGUGCGUGGAUUUUACCCAUGCGCCCUCUUCGCAACCUCUAUAGAGCAGCAUAUAGAUCCAUUGUCAAAAAAUUGCGCCACGACAAGAAGAAAUCAUCUCCAGAUCGGGAAGCCAAAGUAGACCAAAUUGGAACCUCUAUAACCAACGAUGUAAUCUUUGAGGAAGUCGGUGAUGAUACACCAAAAGCAGAAAAGAAAACCAUGCAUGGAUUUCAUAGCUUUAGAUGCAUUAGCCUGCAAAGAAUGCGACGCGACCAUGAUACUCCAAGCCCUAAAGCUAAAGGUCACUUCAAGCAAUCAAGCUUGGAUAAUUUCUUUAACAUGCAUUGUCAUUUCUCAAAAAGCUCUAGCCGAAGGAGUCACACCCCCUCACCCUCUCUCAAGAAAACUAAGAGCCGGAAAAGCUGGCCGGAUUCCAUACCCUCCCCGUCAACCCCCAAGGCCGCCACGUGUACUAAAAGCGCCGACUCCACGCCGGCCCAUCCCUCCCUCUCCAAAUGUGAAAGCCGGAAGACCCCCAUCAUGUUUUCCAAUUCGUCUGGGAUGUUGAAACCCCAAGCCGUUGAGAAGCAGCUUGAGUGCACCUUAGAGGAGUUGUGUUUUGGAUGCCAGAAGAAGAUGAAGGUCACAAGGGCUAUCGUCAAAGACACCGGGCAAAUGGUUGAAGAAGAGGAAGUGGUAACAAUAAAUGUGAAGCCAGGAUGGAAAAAAGGAACAAAGAUUACAUUUGAAGGAUUGGGAAAUGAGAUACCAGGUGCCUACCCAGCAGACAUAGUUUUUGUGAUUGCUGAGAAAAGACACCCUUUGUUUAGAAGAGAAGGGGAUGAUUUGGAGUUGGCUCUAGAGAUCCCAUUGGUAAAGGCUCUCACUGGCUGCAUCAUCUCAAUCCCUUUGCUGGGUGGAGACCAAAUGAAAUUGACCAUUGAUGACAUCAUAUAUCCUGGCUAUGAGAAGGUCAUAUCGGAGCAAGGCAUGGCAAUCUCCAAAGAUGAAGGAAAGAGGGCAAAUUUGAAGCUCACUUUUCUGGUUGACUUUCCUACUUUUCUAACAGAUGAGCAAAGAUCAGAUAUUCUCAAUAUUUUAGAGGAUUCUUAUUAUUGACUGGUCAUCAGUGAUUUUGGUUCUUUUUUCCCUGCAUGUUUUCUGUAAAGAUUGAUUUUAUUCUCAUGGCACAGAUAGAAACCCAAUACUUCAACUGUA